AUGGAGUCAGAGAGGCGGGGGGAGAUGGGGCUGGGCACUGCGGAAACAAUGAUGGAGAAAAUAAAAGAAGGAAUACCAAGAGAGUGGAUGAGAUUGAUUGAGAGAGAGGCUGGAGAGAAUGGAAAGGGAGAGAUUGAGAUGUUUGUAGGAGGGAGUGAGAGGAGAGUGAGCCUGGUGAGUGUGAGAACAAGAGUGCUGUAUAAAUGUUUCAGAAUGAAAGAUGUGAGGAGGCCGGCUGCAGAAAAAGUGUGGGAGAGAGUUAUGAAAGGAGUGAGAGGGAAAAAGAUCUGGGCAAAUUUAAGAGUGAAGUGGAACUGUCAUGAAUGUGAAAACUUAGAUUUCAAGUUACGUCACAACAGGGUGUUCAACAACUUAAUUAUCAGCAGAUUUGAUCUAAGGGUGAAGAAAGAAUGUGAUGUGUGCAGAGUGGGUGUGGAAACAUGUAUGCAUGAGUUUGUUGAAUGUCCCGAACUAGGGUUUUACUUCGAGAGAAUGAGGGAACUAAUAAAGAAAAAUUGGAGAGGGAAGUAUGUAGAGAGGAUGGAUUGGAAGGAGCUGUGGCUGUUUGGAGUGAAUGAGAGAGUGAGAGGGGUGAAUAUCGGUCUCCUGAAUUACACACUGAGUCAUGCAAGAUAUACUGUCAAACUACGGAGAAACAUAGCUCACUAUGAACAAAAACAUGCAGAUGUAUGGAAGUUAUUCAAAAACCUAAUGAGGAAAAAUGUAAACACCCUGUAUCAGUAUGUAGAAAAAGAGGAGUUUAACAAACGCUUCAUAGAAGGCAGCAAAUUCAUAGAGCGGAAAGGUGAUUGCCUGGAAUUUAAUUUCGAAUAAAAUAAGGUCUGGAUUUAUUUAUUUAUUUAUUUUUUUUGUUGAUGCUGUUGUUGGUGUAGUUGUUUUGUUAUGUAUGCAAAUGCACUGAUGUGCACGUAUGCUUAUGGAUUCAAACACGAAUGACGGAAUGUGUGUGUAUGGGUAUGUAUGUGAAUAUAUAUGUUCACAAGUCUAAAAUGACAGAUGUAUGUAAACUGUACUGAGCUUGUAAAAAAAAAAAAAAAAAAAAAACACGCCCGAUCUCGGAAGCUAAGCAGGGUCGGACCUGGUUAGUACUUGGAUGGGAGACCGCCUGGGAAUACCAGGUGCUGUAAGCUUUUCUUUUCUAGUAUCUUGUGCCGUGUUCUCUCUCCAAGAGGCUAGGAUAUGGGUCUUUGGGGAGCCUGGGGCCUGUUCUACGAAGCAGGAUUACUGCUUAGCGGGGUAACUUCGAUAGUAAGUUCGGGGUUUCCUGUUCUACGACGCGGGUUCACUUCUUAGCGAGGAGAGUCUCCAUAGCAAUAUAUGCUGAACGGCUAACCUGCUCCGGGGCAGGUUAGGUUCCAGAUUGAACUCACUGAGUAUAAAAACCCCGCCCACUGACCAAUGAGCUCUCUCGAAAAACGGUUUGUCCGUUCUUGGAGGAUCCUGUAGACCUCGGUGCUCGCAUUGUCCGAGGAGGAGCACUCCGGCUCGCGAGAGUUUUCAGGGAGAGUUUUCUCCGGAUGACCACCUCUAUGAAAGGCUCAUAUGGCCGACAUAUUACACAAAACAUGUAAACACGAUAGGAAUGAACAAAUGAAUGAUUCAUCUUGGGAAUGAAUGGGCAUGAGCUGCAGGGGCUGCGCGAUCACAGACAACAUCUCGGUACUAUUUAGUAGCAGCGCACGCCCCUUAUAAUAACCCCGUAAAUACUGUUGUUCAGGACUGCUUACUUCUGCUUCCUACCCACUGUAACAACCGUUGUUCUUGCCCACAUGCAACAUUUUUGUUCUCAUUCAUGAAACGCUUAAAUCACGGACAUGUUCAGAGACAGCUUUAGCCGGGGACAGAUCAUCCAAUUCGGGGACUGUCACCUUAGUUAAAAGCGCAUGUUGAACAGUGCUAUUUCAGGGUGAUAAUGGCAUCAAAGACUAAUUUUCUGCCAGCAUUCCCUCUGUGCUUUUGCAGCGGCGACGGUGUUGCUUUUGAGGUUUGUGAUAGCUUUCAAUUCUUCAUACUUUCUCAUGAUCGUCUCCUGCUCCUCGUUUGUAAAGUCUGCGGUCCUUCACUCUCCAGCCUGCUGCUGUGACGCUCCAGACUGAUCCAUGUUCGCGAUUGGUCAGAUGCGGCGAGCUCCGCCUUGUAUGUGUGCACGCGCUCAUAGCAAAGCCGGAUCUACUUAUGAGGUUGAUAACCAGCGUCGUAAAACCGCUUAGCGAGACCGCCGGCUACCGCGCUAAGUUGAGCGAGGUAGCUCUCAGACUACCUCGCUAAGUUGAACUUGCUUCGUAGAACAGAGGCUAGGAUAUGGGUCUUUGGGGAGCCUGGUCUUUAGCUUGGACCAAUGCAAAUACACUUGGAGAUGAGCCUUCAAGAUAAAUGAAAGAAAGAGUCAAAAAAAGCACAAAGAGCGGGAGGACUGAGAUCUUGUCAUGAAGCGGAGCAAAGGAGUGGAGCAUGAUGGACUGCAGAGAUAGGCUGUAAAACUAAGCUUGACUGCGUAUCCGGGUGUUUUCUUGAGCGACGCAUUGUUCAUUGAAAGUGAAAUGCUGAUUCUAAUUGAGAGAACCACACAGGAGCACGUUCAAAUAGCUCAUUUGGAGCCUGUGUCAUCGCUUACGGCCAUACCACCCUGAACACGCCCGAUCUCGUCCGAUCUCGGAAGCUAAGCAGGGUCGGGCCUGGUUAGUACUUGGAUGGGAGACCGCCUGGGAAUACCAGGUGCUGUAAGCUUUUCUUUUCUUGUAUCUUGUGCCGUGUUCUCUCUCCAAGAGGCUAGGAUAUGGGUCUUUGGGGAGCCUGGUCUUUAGCUUGGACCAAUGCAAAUACACUUGGAGAUGAGCCUUCAAGAUAAAUGAAAGAAAAGUCAAAAAAGCACAAAGAGCGGGAGGACAGAGAUCUUGUCAUGAAGCGGAGCAAAGGAGUGGAGCAUGAUGGACUGCAGAGAUAGGCUGUAAAACUAAGCUUGACUGCGUAUCCGGGUGUUUUCUUGAGCGACGCAUUGUUCAUUGAAAGUGAAAUGCUGAUUAUAAUUGAGAGAACCACACAGGAGCACGUUCAAAUAGCUCAUUUGGAGCCUGUGUCAUCGCUUACGGCCAUACCACCCUGAACACGCCCGAUCUCGUCCGAUCUCGGAAGCUAAGCACGGGUCGGGCCUGGUUAGUACUUGGAUGGGAGACCGCCUGGGAAUACCAGGUGCUGUAAGCUUUUCUUUUCUUGUAUCUUGUGCCGUGUUCUCUCUCCAAGAGGCUAGGAUAUGGGUCUUUGGGGAGCAUGGUCUUUAGCUUCGACCAAUGCAAAUACACUUGGAGAUGAGCCUUCAAGAUAAAUGAAAGAAAAAGUCAAAAAAGCACAAAGAGCGGGAGGACUGAGAUCUUGUCAUGAAGCGGAGCAAAGGAGUGGAGCAUGAUGGACUGCAGAGAUAGGCUGUAAAACUAAGCUUGACUGCGUAUCCGGGUGUUUUCUUGAGCGACGCAUUGUUCAUUGAAAGUGAAAUGCUGAUUAUAAUUGAGAGAACCACACAGGAGCACGUUCAAAUAGCUCAUUUGGAGCCUGUGUCAUCGCUUACGGCCAUACCACCCUGAACACGCCCGAUCUCGUCCGAUCUCGGAAGCUAAGCAGGGUCGGGCCUGGUUAGUACUUGGAUGGGAGACCGCCUGGGAAUACCAGGUGCUGUAAGCUUUUCUUUUCUUGUAUCUUGUGCCGUGUUCUCUCUCCAAGAGGCUAGGAUAUGGGUCUUUGGGGAGCCUGGUCUUUAGCUUGGACCAAUGCAAAUACACUUGGAGAUGAGCCUUCAAGAUAAAUGAAAGAAAGAGUCAAAAAAGCACAAAGAGCGGGAGGACUGAGAUCUUGUCAUGAAGCGGAGCAAAGGAGUGGAGCAUGAUGGACUGCAGAGAUAGGCUGUAAAACUAAGCUUGACUGCGUAUCGGGGUGUUUUCUUGAGCGACGCAUUGUUCAUUGAAAGUGAAAUGCUGAUUCUAAUUGAGAGAACCACACAGGAGCACGUUCAAAUAGCUCAUUUGGAGCCUGUGUCAUCGCUUACGGCCAUACCACCCUGAACACGCCCGAUCUCGUCCGAUCUCGGAAGCUAAGCAGGGUCGGGCCUGGUUAGUACUUGGAUGGGAGACCGCCUGGGAAUACCAGGUGCUGUAAGCUUUUCUUUUCUUGUAUCUUGUGCCGUGUUCUCUCUCCAAGAGGCUAGGAUAUGGGUCUUUGGGGAGCCUGGUCUUUAGCUUGGACCAAUGCAAAUUCACUUGGAGAUGAGCCUUCAAGAUAAAUGAAAGAAAAAGUCAAAAAAGCACAAAGAGCGGGAGGACUGAGAUCUUGUCAUGAAGCGGAGCAAAGGAGUGGAGCAUGAUGGACUGCAGAGAUAGGCUGUAAAACUAAGCUUGACUGCGUAUCCGGGUGUUUUCUUGAGCGACGCAUUGUUCAUUGAAAGUGAAAUGCUGAUUAUAAUUGAGAGAACCACACAGGAGGACGUUCAAAUAGCUCAUUUGGAGCCUGUGUCAUCGCUUACGGCCAUACCACCCUGAACACGCCCGAUCUCGUCCGAUCUCGGAAGCUAAGCAGGGUCGGGCCUGGUUAGUACUUGGAUGGGAGACCGCCUGGGAAUACCAGGUGCUGUAAGCUUUUCUUUUCUUGUAUCUUGUGCCGUGUUCUCUCUCCAAGAGGCUAGGAUAUGGGUCUUUGGGGAGCCUGGUCUUUAGCUUGGACCAAUGCAAAUACACUUGGAGAUGAGCCUUCAAGAUAAAUGAAAGAAAAAGUCAAAAAAGCACAAAGAGCGGGAGGACUGAGAUCUUGUCAUGAAGCGGAGCAAAGGAGUGGAGCAUGAUGGACUGCAGAGAUAAGCUAAAAAACUAAGCUUGACUGCGUAUCCGGGUGUUUUCUUGAGCGACGCAUUGUUCAUUGAAAGUGAAAUGCUGAUUAUAAUUGAGAGAACCACACAGGAGCAUGUUCAAAUAGCUCAUUUGGAGCCUGUGUCAUCGCUUACGGCCAUACCACCCUGAACACCUGUGUGCAAUCAGCGGUGAUCAGCAGUAGCAGCAGCAGCAGCAGAAGCAGCAGCAGAAAAAGGACCUUACUUGGAAGCUCUAUUCAGUUUGUAUACCCUUUUUUUAAAGGACUUUUUGAGGGGAAACAGUCGAUUGUGUAUCCAGCCGGGACACAUCUUCAAAGACUGCCACGAAUUCAGGUGCUUCCGAUGCGGUAAGCAGGGACACUAUGCACGAGAAUGUGAAGGCAGAGGAAGAGGAGAGACCGGAGGGGAGCAGGAGAGAGGAGAGGAGGAAAGGAUGGAGGAGGGAGGAGACGAGGACAGAGGAGUCGAGGAGGGAGGAGAAGAGGACGGAGGAGGCGAGGGCGAGGGAGAAGAGGAGGGAGGAGAGCAGACGGAGAGGAGAGAGGAGGAGAGUCGGCGGAGCACAACCAACGCAGAAGAAGAGAGGGAACAGACUGGGGGCGCAAAGACAGAGCCUAAAGAUCUUGGGCCACGCUGUCGGGAGGAGAGAGGAGGGGAGGAGCUGGUGAAAGGAGGAGAAGCAGAGACAAUGGGGGGAGGAGGUGAGGACACUGGGGAGAGGGACAUAUAGGCGGGGGGAGGAGGGGAAUACGACAGUGGGGAAACAGGGGAGUCAGGGGAUGACUUGGAGGACAUGGAAGAUAUGGUUAAAAAUAGGAAAAGGCCGAGAGGAAGAAGGGAAGCAGUUUUUGGGAAAUUAAAGAAAACAUGAAAAGUAUGUUCAGAACAAGACAAAACACCAACAAGGAUAUAUUGGUUUAUCUUCGACUUAUUUCGGGCCUUCUUUUUUUCUUUUUACCUUAAUGAUAACUAUCUCCUCCUUUAAUUCAAAUGGACUCAGGUGUAAAGCAAGGAGACAUGCAGCCUUAAUGACCUGCGAUGCCCAUAUCAUAUGCUUACAAGAAACUCACUGGGAUGAACGGUGUGUGAAUGUAGUAAAGAGAGAAUGGUUGGGUGAAAUGUACAACAAUAAUGGGGGAGAUAAAACAAGAGGGGUGGCAAUUCUAGUGAAGAGGGGAGCGGUUGAGAAUGUGAGAAAGUGUGUGGAUGAUGGUGAGGGGAGAGUGAUUGUGAUCACGUUUGAGCACGAGGGGAAAGAGUAUAAACUAUUGAACGUGUAUGCACCAAAUGAAGAGAAAGAGAGGAAAGAGUUUUUCGAGAGAAUGGGAAGAAUGAGCGGGAAAGACUGUCUGAUUGUUGGAGAUUUUAAUGUGUGGUGUGGAAGACUGGAUGCAUCUGAGAGUAUGGAUUACAGGAGGGACAUGUCCAGGGGAGUUUUCAAAGAAAUGAUGAGAGAGAAUGAUAUGAUUGAUGUGUAG